GCCGACUACUCGUCGUCGACCGAUAAGAUAACCGGAUCAAAUGUUAAUCGUGCAAUCGUAGAUCGUAGUUUGUAAAAUCUAUGGUACAAUCGUCGCGUCGUUACUGUAACAGUACAAAAUAUUUUCAUUCGUUUUUGUCGUAAAACUGUGCAGUCGUUGCUAUGGUACCUGUCGUAAAUAAUUAUUAAUAUUGCCGACACCGUUACGUAUAAGUACGUAAAACGACUCACUCUUCAACGCUUAAACGGAUAUUGUCAUCAUGGUAGUGGCCAACGCAAAUGGUAGCGCAUACACACCGACCGUUGUGGCGCAGGUCCGGUACAUGUUACAGUGGUUCGGAGAGUGGAGUGAAAUGGAACGCGGCGACUUCCUGCCGGUGUUGGUUCACGGGUUUGGUAGUAACGGCGGCGCAGCCAAUGGUCUGCCGGCGAUCAUGGAAACCCUGUGCAAGGAAGAAGGCCGUCCGCUCAGUCUGUUCAAAUGCCGCAUCAAGCUGUUCACCGAAUGGGUCCAGACGUGGUCUGAUGACGACAAAGACAGCUUCCUGAGCGGCAUACGUUCCAUGGACACGGAUUUUGCAGAGAGAUACGAACAAAAAGCUGUCGGUUACGUGGUCAGCAGCUCCGAGCACUGCAAUGGCAUCAAUGGGGAUGAAAAUCCCGAAGAAUUACCAGAAGAAACAAUUUAAAUGGACUAUGCUCAUCACAUAUUAUAAGCUCUGUGAUUUCAAAUAAUAGGUACUUCAUUAAGGGUUGUAAAAUUUUAUUUAGCCAUUCAUCAUUUUGGUAAUGGAUUCUUACAAAAUGGUUAUUUUAAAUUAGAUCAAGUUUUAAAAUAGUUUUUUACUUAAUACUUAAUACAUUCCAACUUAUGAUAUACUUUAUGCUCACUUAUCUUUUACUUCAAUAAUUUACUGUUUGCAUAUUGACUUAUCAAAAAUUGUUACUACUUAUUUUGUAUUUGUGUACAAAUACCUUCCUAGAACCUUUUUAAUUAGUUUUAUCACAUCUCAAGAACUGUCUAGUGAUUAUGACUAUAAUCAUUUAAACUAUAUAAAUUUCUAUAAAUUUCUUUUUUAAUUUUAGUUUUGAUAUGUAUUUUAUAAAACAUUUUUUUUCUUUGUAUUGCAAUAAUUAUACAUUCCAUAAUUUUAGUAUAUAAUAUAUAAAAUGGUUAAUAGUGAAUUUUAUUUUUUCUACCCAUUAGGAUUAAAAUUUAAUAUUUAUACUCUAUGUAAAUAAUUUAUUACAUUGGUUUACAUGAUAAUAAUUUGCCAUUUAUAAAUUGAGUCUAGAAUAUAAAUGUAAUAUUAUUUUACUUGAUUAAUAUUAAGAAUAGGUAUGUUGUCAAGCAGUAUUAUUAGAAACAUAACAGUAUUAUUUAAUAUAAAAAUAUUUAAUUAAUAUGGUAUUUAAUCUAGUUUUAUGAUACAUAUUUAGGCUUAUUAAUUGUAUUGUGCAAUCAUUAUAUUGUAUUUAAUUUAGUUAAGAUUAAGUUAUAUUAUUUUCUGUUUGUGAACCGAAUUAGAUUACCAAUGACUAAUGUGUAUUAUAAAAUAUCACAUCAAAAUAUAUUUUAACUCCAAACAAUAAAUGACUACACAUAUC